AUGGCUGUCCCGGCAGUACCGGAAGAAGACCAUAAUCUGGUCAAUGCCGUCGUGGGCCCCUCGCCGGCCCUCAUCCAGUCCUUUCCCCUCGGAAACUCCAGUUCUGACAGCGAGGAGCAAGGCCUCCCAGGGCUGGACGCUGCCCGGCAAGAUGAGGCGGACGAAAUGGUUGGGAUCAGUAUCGGCCGUGCGCAAAGUCGCAUGAAGGCCCGUCUCACGCCUGCUGAGGAGAAGAACCGCAUCAUGGAACGCAACGGUGGCUAUUUCGAGCCCAUCCCAGACGUUGGUGACUCGGACGGCCUCUUUGUCUCUGAAAUCACAGCUGAGCCAGAAGAGGUCUUGCUAGAAACUAGCCAGCGGGCUGACGAGAAUGGGCUGCAUUCAGGUCUAACCAAGAACGUGGGCCACCGAUCUAGUUUUACCCGGUCGAUUUUGAAGAAUGGCAUACCGCUACGGCCGCGGGCCUGGUCUGGUGAUAGUUUAGCCAACCGUAGUCUUAAGAAGUUCCUCCCGGACUUGGGGGCUCUAACCAGACGGCCAACACUUCCAUUUCUUUCUAGCAAUUCCCAACGUCCGACCCCGAGUCAAUCUCCGAAGCCUUCUCCGCCCAGGUCGCCGCCGCUGAACAAGGAGGAACACCCAUACAAGACACCACCACGACGGAGAUCGUCUACCAACCUGGACGCCGAUACAGUGAUCGUGGACGAACCUAUCACCGAUUUAAAUCCCCUCGGUGGGCCAAUUCGAGCAAAACACUCGUACUCCCGCCGGCUUAGUGCAACGGCUUCGGGGGGUCCGCCCAACCUACGGAGAUCGUCGUCGGACCAGUCCUUGUAUUUGAGAGCGACAUCCACCGCGUCCUCCCUCGACCAGCGACCCCGAUAUGAGAACGUGCAUUCGCAAGUCAACAGUCGGUUCAAGGCAAUCAAGGACAGUCUACAGGAUUCGAGCAGCCGCUUCCUUAGCAUGCCUAGCUUUAACCUGCAGGAACUCCGGAACGACUGGGGUUCUAGGCCGUUCCUCAAUGAAUCCAUCCAACGCAAGACCGCUACGGAUCCGCCAUCCCAUCGGAAAGUGCUACGGGAACCAAUCUCGACUCAGACUCGAUCUCAUUCCCCGCGUUCCAAUUCCAACACACUGCUUCCAGUCCUGAAUGAGGCGAUGUCCGAACUGACUGGAGAUGUAGUGGUCAUGGGGGGUUACCGGGGGUCCGUUCUACGCUCCGCAAAACCACCUCAGCGUCAACUAUGGGUUCCAAUGAAAGUCGGUCUCAAUCUUCGCAGAGUAGAUCUUGAGGUGGGCUUGAACCCAGAGGAUGAGGAACGAAUGGAGGAGACUAUUAUUCCAUCGGGCGUACUCUCCCAUAUUGGGCCAGUCGACAUAUGUCGACGGUUGCUGAAGCGUCUCCAAAAAUGUGAAAAUGCGGUUAAGGGGGAUCUCCGUGUCUGGGACUACGGCUACGAUUGGCGCCUAAGCCCGCAUCUUCUCUCGCGGAGGCUAAUCAAAUUCCUUGAGGGCUUGCCAUGUAACGCAUCCGACGUGCCACCGGAGAAACGAGGGGCGUAUGUCAUCGCCCAUAGCCUGGGAGGCCUAAUAACGCGCCACGCCGUUAACCAGCGGCCAGAACUCUUCGCGGGGGUCGUCUACGCCGGGGUCCCUCAACACUGUGUGAACAUUCUAGGUCCGCUCCGCAACGGGGAUGACGUGCUCCUCAGUUCCCGGGUCCUCACGGCGCAGGUGAAUUUCACCUUCCGGACUAGCUUUGCCCUUCUCCCCGAAGACGGCCAUUGCUUCAUCGACAAACGUACCAAAGAAGAAUAUCGUGUGGACUUCUUCUCCGCCGAGGCCUGGGAUGAAUAUCGUCUCUCCCCCUGUAUCAGUCCGGCGUUUCCACCGAUGACCCCGAAGGGCAUGGCCCUUAUGGACAAUAUUCCUCGUCUCGGUAAACGCUUCUCCACCGUCCUUAGCAGCAAGGAGAGCCUGUCAUCCGAUGACACCGCAGCUGAUCCGGCAUCACCCCGGUCCGGUGGAGCCAGUGAGGGCGAGCAGACUCCCGGCCAGAAAACCACCCACAAUUUCCUGGGUCCGACAUCCGACAUUGCCGAAAGGGUCUCAACUAUAGCCCCAAACAUCGACGGCGUCGUGGGACCGACAUCCCAUAUGCGGGGCUCAUCCAAUGUGAAGGCCACUACAGCCAUCACCAUCCCCCGCGCUGCAGCUUUCUCCUAUCUUGAGCGCACCCUUGCCGAGGUCCUUCGCUUCAAGCAGGAACUCGCUUUCAACCCCUCCCACCAUUCCAGCAACAGCUACCCGCCCUUCGCCGUCCUGUACGGCAAGUCCGUCCCCACGGUGUACGGCGCUCGGGUUUGGUCGCGCGAACAAAUCAAGCAUCAGGACACCUACGAUGAUCUCGCCUUUGCGGCCGGUGACGGUGUCUGUCUUGCGUCGGCCGCCAUGCUGCCGCCUGGAUACCGGAUCAUCAAAGGUGGUCUAGUAAAGAGUGAUCGCGGCCAUGUUGGUCUGUUAGGGGAUUUAGAGGGGGUUGGUCAAUGUCUCCAAGCUCUGCUUCGUGGGCGACGAGAGAGAGUGGGACUUGGCGACCUUUCCUAA